CGCGCGCGGGCCAGACGGCUCGGGAGGCUCCGCAGUGCCGCCGCCCGGGAGGCUCGGCGCGGGAGCCAUGUAACCCUGCGGCGGGCUCCGGGCUGCUCCAUCCUCCCCAGCUCCGGGCUAGCGCGCCAGCGGGGCCACGAUGAAGAAGCAGUUCAACCGCAUGCGCCAGCUGGCCAACCAGACGGUGGGCAGGGCCGAGAAGACUGAAGUUCUGAGCGAAGACCUCCUUCAGGUAGAGAAGCGGCUGGAGCUGGUGAAGCAGGUCUCCCACAGCACACACAAGAAGCUCACGGCAUGUCUGCAGGGCCAGCAAGGGGCCGAGGCUGACAAGCGCUCCAAAAAAUUGCCUUUGACAACACUGGCUCAGUGUCUGAUGGAAGGGUCAGCUAUCCUGGGAGAUGACACACUUCUUGGGAAGAUGCUGAAACUCUGCGGCGAGACAGAAGACAAGCUGGCUCAGGAGCUGAUUCAUUUCGAACUGCAGGUUGAGAGGGAUGUGAUCGAACCGCUCUUCUUGCUGGCCGAGGUAGAAAUCCCAAAUAUCCAAAAACAGAGGAAACACUUAGCCAAGCUGGUGCUGGACAUGGACUCUUCACGAACGAGGUGGCAGCAGACGUCCAAGUCUUCAGGUCUGUCCAGCAGCUCACAGCCUGCGGGUGCCAAAGCCGACGCCCUCAGGGAGGAGAUGGAGGAGGCUGCCAACAGAGUGGAGAUCUGCAGGGACCAGCUGUCGGCUGACAUGUACAGUUUUGUGGCCAAAGAAAUCGACUAUGCAAACUACUUUCAGACGCUCAUCGAAGUGCAGGCUGAGUACCACAGGAAGUCCCUGACACUCCUGCAGGCCGUGUUGCCUCAGAUAAAAGCACAACAGGAGGCCUGGGUGGAGAAGCCUUCCUUCGGGAAGCCCCUGGAGGAGCACCUCUCGAUCAGCGGCCGGGAGAUCGCCUUCCCCAUCGAGGCGUGCGUGACGAUGCUGCUGGAGUGCGGGAUGCAGGAGGAGGGCCUCUUCCGAGUAGCCCCGUCUGCCUCCAAGCUGAAGAAGCUCAAGGCAGCCCUGGAUUGCUGUGUGGUGGAUGUACAGGAGUGCUCGGCAGACCCCCACGCCAUCGCAGGAGCUCUCAAGUCUUACCUCCGGGAGCUGCCAGAACCUCUGAUGACCUUUGAACUCUAUGACGAGUGGAUUCAGGCUUCCAAUAUCCAGGACCAGGACAAGAGGCUCCAGGCGCUGUGGAACGCGUGUGAGAAGUUGCCCAAAGCCAAUCACAACAACAUCCGAUACUUGAUCAAGUUUUUAUCCAAGCUCUCAGAAUACCAAGAUGUCAACAAGAUGACACCCAGUAACAUGGCCAUUGUAUUAGGACCCAACCUGCUGUGGCCACAAGCUGAAGGGAACAUCACGGAGAUGAUGACCACGGUCUCGCUGCAGAUCGUCGGGAUCAUCGAGCCCAUCAUCCAGCACGCAGACUGGUUCUUCCCCGGGGAGAUAGAGUUCAACAUCACGGGCAAUUACGGGAGUCCGGUGCAUGUGAACCACAACGCCAACUACAGCUCAAUGCCCUCCCCAGACAUGGACCCCGCCGACCGGCGCCAGCCCGAGCAGGCCCGCCGGCCCCUCAGUGUGGCCACAGAUAACAUGAUGCUGGAGUUUUACAAAAAGGAUGGCCUUAGGAAAAUCCAAAGCAUGGGCGUGAGGGUCAUGGACACGUCGUGGGUGGCUCGAAGAGGCUCCUCGGCCGGCCGGAAGGCAUCCUGCGCCCCGCCUGCCAUGCAGCCCCCCGCCCCGCCCGCAGAGCUCGCCCCGCCCCUGCCGUCGCCCCUCCCGGAGCAGUCCCCCGAGGGCCCCGUGGCGCCCGCGCUCUCUCCAUCCGGCCUCGGCCUCCAGCCUGCGGCUGAACGGACCAGCGCUUCUAAAAGCAAAGAGCUUUCUCCAGGAUCAGGGCAGAAGGGAAGUCCGGGUUCUAGCCAGGGGACACCCAGUGCAGGCACGCAGCCCGGGGUACAGCCGGGCGUGAGUCCGGGCCAGCCACCUGCGGACCAGAGCCCUCACACUCUCCGGAAAGUUUCCAAGAAGCUGGCGCCCAUUCCACCCAAGGUCCCCUUCGGCCAGCCAGGGCCCCUCCCUGAGCAGCCUGCCGGCCAGCCAUCCCCACUCAGCCUGUCCCCCACGCCCCCCAGCACCCCGUCACCCUACGGACUCAGCUAUCCCCCGGGCUACUCCCUGGCAUCGGGCCAGCUCUCCCCCGCAGCCCCGGCACCCCCACUGGCCUCCCCCUCUGGCUUCACGGGUGCCCUAAGCAAGUCACGGCCCACUCCAAAGCCCCGGCAGAGGCCCACCCUGCCGCCACCCCAGCCACCCACCGUCAGCCUCGCCGCCUCCAGCCCGCAGUCGUCAGAGCAUCCCGCACUGGAUGGCGUGUCCCCCGGGGAGAGCAUGUCAACAGAUCUGGUCCACUUCGACGUGCCCUCCAUCCACGUAGAGCUGGGGUCGGCGCUGCACCUCGGGCCCCUGGAGCACGUGCGGCGACACUCGGUGGCUGAGAAGAGAGACUCGGAGGAGGAGUCGGAGAGCACGGCCCUGUGA